AUUUUUAAUAUUAAAAACGUCAAACUUUCCUCAAAAACAUGGUGGCAUUUCAGUGAAAAGGGUGUACGUUUUCACUAUUCUUAAUAUAAAUUAAGAAGCUUAUUAAGCGGGAGUGUUUGAUACAAAUUGUAAACACCGUACGAAUAAGCUUCAUACAAAAUUAAGUAUGACGUCUGAAGAAGUCCAGAUAUCCGAGGAACUGAAGGGAUGUUACGAGAAUCUUAUUGUGAUCGACAUUGGUGCUAACCUAACGAACAAGAAAUACGGCCGUGAUCUCGAUUCGGUUAUUCAAAGGGCAAAAGAUGCAGGUGUCCAAAAGAUCAUGGUCACUGGCACAUCAGUACGAAGCAGUAAGGAAGCACUGAGACUGACCCGCCUCUAUCCUAGCACAAUAUAUUCAACCGCAGGUGUUCAUCCACACGAUGCUAAGUCUAUGACGGAAGAGGAAUCGUGGUUAGAGUUGGCGGCGACCGCAUCGGCGCCCGAGUGUGUGGCCGUCGGGGAGUGUGGACUCAACUAUACCAAGGACUUUUCUGAGCCACAUGUGCAGCGGGAAGUUUUUAAACGGCAGGUGGAAAUGGCUUGCGAGCUGCGGAAACCUCUGUUUGUCCACGAAAAGGAAGCCCAAGACGAUUUAAUAAAAAUCCUCGACGAUUUUGGCAACCGUCUUCCCCCAGUCGUUAUCCACUCCUUCACGGGUUCCGUAGAACAGGGGAUAAAAUAUAUUGAGAAAGGUUUUUACUUAGGUAUAACCGGUUAUAUUUGCAAGGAUAAAUCAGACGGCGGUAUUAGACGGUUGCUCUCGGAAAGGAUAUUGCCUUUGGACAAAUUGCUGGUCGAAACCGAUUCGCCCUUCAUGUAUCCCAACAUGAGGGCCUCGAAACUGCCGCUUCACGUUAAGGAUUCAUUGACCGAGAGAUCCAUGAACUUCGUGAACCGCUACUGCACGUUUCAACGCAACGAACCUUGCGCAUUACCGGCUAUAGUUGAACUGAUCGCCGGUUUCCUUGGUCAGAAGCCAGAGGAUGUCGCACUUGCCACUGCUUUCAACGCCCUCAAACUGUUUGGGCUCAGUCAGUAACUAAAUAUUAUCGAGGACUUGGAGAUUUUAAAUCUUUUGGACGGUUACAAUAUUAGUUCUGCUAGAAGUUUCAGCAAUUUUUAGUAGCGUUUUGGGUUGUGAUAAGGAAAAUAAUGGGCGACCCAAAGUUUGGGCAAGAUUUGGAAUUAUCUUGUCAAGCGAUUUGAUUGCCGAGGGGUUUGAUAAAUGUUAUGAAGUCCUUUUACGUUAUAUGGCAGUUUACUUUUUUACUUGAUUUAAGUAAAAAACGAUAAAUGUUUGUUGGUAAAAUGCGAAAGUGAGUAGUAUUGUUGGUAUAGAAUGUGUAAAGACAACAGGCAGUAAAAAAUCUCCAGGUCCAAGAUAAGAAAUUGUAAGAAUCGAAAAAAAAAAAUAUAUUAUGGCCUUAUUUACGCAAUAUAUUGUGCCUUUAUAAAGAGAGCAAUAAGAUUUAUUUAAUCAUAAAUAAUAAGUAUAUUUAUAGCAAUUGAAUGUUACCUAAUUAAGAGAUUUAUUCAAGAGUUAAUCACAUGAUAUACUUAAAUAUUUGAAGGUUUUUCUUCAGACGUCCAAUAUAUUUGACAGAUAAACUAUCAUACUCACGUACACGAAAUAUGACAAACUGAAAAUGACAUUUAUGUAUGAUGGACAAGUUACAAAGAUUUUGACAAGUUAAGAGGGAUGUCAUAGAUAAGUAAUAAAGAUGAAGCCAACUUGUCCGAUAUUUUUUAUGGCAUUCAGAGGCUAUUUUUAAUAUAAAAUAACAUUCAACAAGUCUUGCCACCGUAUUUACUAAUAAAUUAAAUGCCUCUAAUUUAUUAAUAUCGAAUCAGUGCCGGCCAGGCUAAUUAGAAUAGUAUGAUUUUGCAAAAUCAGACGAAUAAUUUAACAUGUUUUUUUAUAUAUAUUAAAAGCGUACCUGAACGCUUCGAGUCUAAUGCCAUUUAUAAAAAAUAUUGUAACGACGAUAUAGUCUGUGGUUAUUUUUUUUUUGUUUAAUAUAUUUUUACACUGUAUUUAUUUAAUUCUUUCAUGUUUUUUAGCGUUUUGCACAUGCCUUUAAUGUAUUUAGCAAUACAAUUUUGUUCACACACACACAUUCGAAUAAAAUAUUUGCUGUUACAAGUGAGUGCGUGUGUGUGGGUGAAAUAAAUAUGGUGGCAAUCGAUGACAUCUUUAGUCAUUAUGAUCUCAGUAUAUCUACGACUGUACAGAUAUUUUCAUAAAUUCCCGAGUUUGACGUAGCUGUAAUUAUACUAUGUUAUGAGAGUUUGUGUGUGCAUGAUCGUUGCGUAUUUAUUAUCUGUCAAGUCUUUAUAGUUACGUCACAAGCUCAUAUAAUAUGUACUCAUUUAAUUCAUUUCAAAAUGUAAUAACCUUGAAUACAGGUUUUCUGUUUUUGUAACAAGCGAAUUUGUUACGAAACCCGUAGCCAUAUGUCCUCAUAACGUUUUGCCACCAAAAAGCCACUAGUGUCUAAGACCCGUGUCUCGUUGCCACUGUAUAUUAUUAUUUUCGCUCGGUGUUAGGUGUUUCUUGGUCUCGCUCUGCGCAGAGUAUUCCUAUUCGAAUUAAUUCUUAAUAUUAAUAAUUAUUCAUCGAAUAUAAAUGUAAAUAGUGAUUAUAAUUAUAAUAUUAUCUAAUGCUGGUAGUCACAACGAAAUCAAAGACUGCAAGUAUGUAACCGUGGAAUUUGACAUGUUUUAUUAAUUAAUUAUUACGUGUUUUUAUCUUUCUUUUUGUAAAUUAAAAAAAAAAAAUGUAUUUAAUCUAAACCGACUACGCGCGUAGUUACGAAGUGUAUACAGUUUUAUAAAGUGACUACGCGGGUAGUCGGCGCGAGAGUAUUGUUAUUUCUUUAUUUUUUGACAAUCACUUUGUUGAUAGAUUAUAAUUGAUAAUAUUCCGCGCGAUCGCGUAGUUUACACGAAAAUGUAAACAAAUAUAUACAAUAAACUUAUUAUAAAUACAUAUUUAAUAUAUAUUUGUUGAUACUGAUGUAAUAUUUUUGCGUUUUUGGGUAAAUUACGAUAGAUGUCGUGCCGGUCGCGCGGUGAUGUGCUGUAGACUGUAGUGCCUUCGACAAACGUCCUUUUGUGAUACAUAUUUUUCAUAGAUUGUACAGAAUUAUUUCUUUCAAUAAAACGGAAAACUGAA